AUGUCGAAAGAUAUUAAUAUACUACUGCUCGGACAGACAGGUGUCGGAAAAACAACAUUCAUCAAUUCAUUUGCUAAUUAUCUGGAGCAUCACUCUUUAGAAGAUGCAAUUACAGGUGACUUUCAAGUCCUUAUACCAGCUACGUUCGUUUAUAUGGAUAGUUUAACGUUUGACGAAAGUGAGAUUAAUAUUGGUAUCCCACAUGAAACGGAACAAACCAAGGCAGUUGGAGAAUCGUGUACGAAAGAAUGUCGAAGUUUCGUUUUUCGAAUAAACAACAGAAUCUUACGUCUGAUUGAUACACCGGGACUUGGUGAUACGCAAGGUCUCCUGCACGAUGAAAAGAAUCUUGCAGAUAUCCUCGCUUGUAUCAGUCAAUACGAACAUCUAAACGGUAUUUGUAUUUUAUUAAAACCAAACGAAGAUCGAUUGCACAUAUUGUACCGGUAUUGUCUAAAGGAAAUACUUCGACAUUUACACGUAGACGCAAAAGAGAAUAUUAUGUUUGUCUUUACGAAUGCACGAGCUACGAGUUAUCAACCUGGCCGAUCAGCCCCUGUUCUUCGUGAGCUUCUGAAAAGUAUUCAAGGUGACGCUCAAGUGUCGAUACCAUUCUCAAAGGAAAAUACCUUUUUACUUGAUAACGAAGCAUUCCGAUUUCUUGCCAUAUAUAAAAAUGGCAUCAAAGUUCGUUCAGAGGAAAAAGCAGACUACAGUAGAAGUUGGUCGUACACAAUCAAAGAAUUUCAACGUCUUAUAGAACGCAUAAUGAAAUGUGAAAAACAUAGAACCACUAAUACAAUUUCGCUCAAUGAAGCACAACAGUUAAUUCGCAAAUUGUCGAGACCGAUUGGCGAAAUAUCAACUCUUAUACAAAAAAACAUUGAACUCAUUGAAAGACAUAAGAGAAAUACUCCAUCAAAUAACAAUGUGAAACAAGAAGUUUUUGAGCAAUUCGACAUCGAAUUAAUCGAACUGUCAUAUCCAAGAACUGUGUGCACAAAUAGUAAAUGUACAAAGGUCAUCGUAGUCAAUGGUUGCGAACAGAUUGAUUAUGCGACUCAUUGUCAUACAAGGUGCUACCUUACCGGUGUCGAAGAAGAUCUUAUCGGAGAUGAGAAACUAAAAAGUUGUGCUGCAAUAAACAAGUCAUCAGGUAAAUGCAUCAUCUGCAAUUGUACUUGGAAAGAACAUAUGCACAUCACUUAUGAGCUACGUAAGUUUAUAACUAAAGUGACUGUUAGCAGCAAUGCGGUGAUUGAUGAACGUUUACAAAGUUUAAAAGCUGAAAAGGAAGCUAUUUUGGAUGCCUGUGGCAAACUAGCAUACUUUAUUCGAACAAAUUCGAUCAGUCCGGUCAAUGACGAUAUUUUAGAAUACAUUCAGCACUUUAUUCGAGAAGAAAAACAAAAACGAAACAACGGCGCUCAGAACGAUGACAUCAUCAAUGGACUAGAAGGACUUGAGAAAGAAUAUCGACACGAGCUCGAUGCUAUUAAACAGAUGAUGCAAGCAAAUGCAACAAAUUCAACUAGCCUCCUUUCAAUAGGACAAGUGUUUGACCAUGUCCGGGAUCUUUAUCAUUUACCAUUAUAUGGCAAACAGAUUCGGACACAAAUCGAACAAAUGAAACGUAUGCAAGAAAAUGGUAGACGCAAUAGAGAACAGUCUGUUCAAUUAUCAAACAAAGCUCAGUCAUCACCAGUUAUGAUUGAGCUAAAGAAAGCGUUUGUCUAA